CAAAAAAAAAUGUUUCAAGGCACGGAGAAAAACAGCCGGCCGCUAAAGUGUAUUUUACGCCUCCUGAACAGAUAUUCGAUUGUCAGGAUGUGAAACAUUGAAUACUGUACCAAAAAAAAACAAACCUGUGGACACAAACAUAACACGAUGCGGCUUUAGAAUACCAAAGACAAGGCUUUGAAAUGGCAUGAACUAUGGCUCAGCUCUACUACAAAAGAAGUGACAAUGCACCAUACAGAGACCGAAUUUCUCUUCGAAUUGUGAGAGCAGAAACUGAACUCUCUCCUGCAGAAAAGGCUUACCUGAGUGCUGUUGAGAAAGGUGAUUACGCAAGUGUCAAACAAGCUCUUGAAGAAGCUGAGAUUUAUUUUAAAAUCAACAUCAACUGUAUUGACCCUCUGGGACGGACUGCACUUCUCAUAGGCAUUGAGAAUGAGAACUUGGAAAUUAUUGAACUUCUUCUGAGUUUCAAUGUGUAUGUAGGAGAUGCUCUUCUCCAUGCCAUCAGGAAGGAAGUUGUUGGAGCUGUUGAACUACUAUUAAAUCAUAAGAAACCUAGUGGAGAAAAGCAAGUUCCACCAAUACUACUAGAUAAACAGUUUUCAGAAUUUACACCAGAUAUUACACCAAUAAUUCUUGCAGCCCACACCAACAAUUAUGAGAUCAUAAAGCUUCUUGUGCAGAGGGGAGUGUCUAUACCACAGCCUCAUGAAGUUCGUUGCAACUGUGUGGAGUGUGUUUCCAGCUCAGAUGUUGACAGUCUACGUCAUUCUCGAUCAAGACUGAACAUAUACAAAGCCUUAGCAAGUCCAUCUUUAAUUGCUUUGUCCAGUGAAGACCCCUUUCUGACUGCAUUUCAUUUGAGCUGGGAGCUUCAGGAACUAAGUAAAGUGGAAAAUGAAUUUAAAUCUGAAUAUGAGGAAUUAUCACAUCAGUGUGAAUCAUUUGCAAAAGAUUUAUUGGACCAGACAAGGAGCUCCCGGGAAUUAGAAAUAAUACUUAAUUAUAGAGAUGACAAUAGCAUCCUGGAAGUGCAGACUGCUAAUGAUCUUUCCAGGUUAAAGUUGGCAAUUAAGUAUCAUCAAAAAGAGUUUGUCGCCCAGCCAAACUGUCAGCAACUCCUUGCUUCCCGCUGGUAUGAUGAAUUUCCCGGCUGGAGACGACGACAUUGGAUCGUUAAAUUCCUGACCUGCAUCGGCAUCGGACUGCUAUUUCCAGUUUUUUCUGUGUGCUACUUGAUAGCACCAAAAAGCACAUUAGGCCUUUUUAUUAGAAAACCAUUUAUUAAGUUUAUCUGUCAUACUGCAUCAUAUUUGACUUUUCUUUUCCUGCUGUUGUUGGCAUCCCAGCACAUUGAUCGAACAGAUUUAAACAUGCAAGGUCCUCCACCAACCAUUGUUGAAUGGAUGAUACUUCCCUGGGUGCUAGGUUUCAUUUGGGGUGAAGUAAAACAAAUGUGGGAUGGUGGACUUCAGGACUACAUACAUGACUGGUGGAACCUUAUGGAUUUUGUAAUGAAUUCUUUAUACCUAGCAACAAUUUCUUUGAAAAUUGUUGCUUUUGUUAAGUACAGUGGUUCACGCCAACGGGAGGACUGGGAAAUGUGGCACCCUACCCUUGUUGCUGAAGCAUUAUUUGCUAUUGCAAACAUCUUCAGUUCCCUUCGCUUAAUUUCACUUUUCACUGCUAAUUCUCAUCUGGGACCUCUCCAAAUAUCUCUUGGACGUAUGCUGUUGGAUAUUUUGAAGUUUUUAUUCAUAUACUGUCUGGUGCUACUAGCUUUUGCAAAUGGUCUGAAUCAAUUAUACUUUUACUAUGAGACAAAUGCUACAGAGGAACCAAAUAACUGCAAAGGAAUAAGGUGUGAAAAACAGAACAAUGCCUUCUCAACGCUAUUUGAAACUCUUCAGUCACUGUUCUGGUCAAUAUUUGGUCUUAUUAACCUGUACGUGACAAAUGUGAAGGCUCGUCAUGAAUUCACGGAGUUUGUAGGUGCCACUAUGUUUGGAACAUACAAUAUUAUCUCACUUGUGGUUUUGCUCAAUAUGCUGAUAGCUAUGAUGAACAAUUCAUACCAACUUAUUGCGGACCAUGCAGAUAUUGAGUGGAAAUUUGCAAGGACAAAGCUGUGGAUGAGCUAUUUUGAAGAAGGUGGAACUCUUCCAACUCCUUUUAACAUUAUUCCAAGUCCAAAAUCUGUGUGGUAUUUAAUAUCAUGGAUGCGAAGACAUUUAUGUUUUAAAAUUCUCUGCAAGCAAAAGCGAAAAAAACCUGAAAGUCUUGGUUCUCUCGGGAGGCGCGCAGCUAACAAUUUGAGACGAAAUCAUCAGUACCAGGAAGUUAUAAGGAAUUUGGUAAAAAGAUAUGUUGCUGCAAUGAUCAGAGAUGCCAAAACUGAAGAAGGGCUGACUGAAGAGAAUUUCAAGGAGCUGAAGCAGGAUAUUUCUAGCUUCCGCUAUGAAGUUUUGGGCCUUCUGAAAGGAAACAAGCUUCCUGGUAAACAGGCCACAACCUUUAGCACAGCAUCUCGAAUUUCAGAUCUAAAUGAAGUUUUUAAGGCUGAAGAUCGAACAACUGACCACAUGACUGUGUCAACAAAGAAAAUAACAUGCGCAAAUGAACAGAAGAACAAACUGAGCUUUUAUGAUUUGACAUCAUUAGUUUGUCCAAAGACAAUGUCUAAGUUAUCAGAUAAUCCAGCAGCAUGUAACACUUUGAGCAAUGGGUCCACACCAAAAGCAACUGAUAUAUCCAACGAAAAACAAAACAAUAAAAGUAUUGUUAAAGACUCAAUCAAAAAUUUAGGAUUCUUUCGCAAAAGAGCAAAACCAUACAAUGCAGAGCAGAAUAGCAGUAGGAUUUACACGGUUUCUGAGGAAAUUACUCAAGAGGAAGACCGUCUCAGAAACAAAGAAAGUGACUGUGAGGACAAAAGAAACAUGGACCAAAUGGUAGUGAGUGAGAAUAACUCAGACAUAAAAGACCUAAAAGUGAGUAGCACAUGGAAGCCAGAAAAGGAAGAAGAGAUACAAGUACUUUCACAAAAACAGUCUUCAGAUGGAAACACCAGUGCUCGCUCAUUAGAAACAACAGAGGAUACUCUGACACAUGAUUCAGGGAAUGAAGACAGUGCAAAUCAAUGGACUGUGACACAGGGUGAUUAUGUGACAACUAGAUUAUAAUAGUAUUUAUUUUGCAGAUUGCUUUUGAGAAUAUUAAUAAAGGAAUUAUAUUGAGAAGACAUGGUAAA